UAGAAGUCAUUUAUUUCGGUUCUCCAAAUCAUGAAACUUUCUUUUAAGCCAGUACAGCCAUGCACCAGCUUUAAACAAAACCCUCAACGACCUACAUUCCAGUGCAUCACCACUACUCAACCAAACAGGUUUACAAGAAAUUUAAACCUCACCAUGCAAACGUUAUCCCCGAAAAACCUCGAAAAUUUAUUGUUUGGCUGGAAUGUUGUUGAGCCUAGUGAGAAUUUAGCUUCAACAUCAUCAGCAGCCUCGUCAAUGCCCAGUUUCUCCGGACAGUACCCGAAAGAACUGGGCAAUAAUUGGAUGGACUAUCAAGGGAUCAAGAACUGGGAAGGUUUACUUGAUCCCCUCGACGACAGUUUACGUGGAGAAAUAAUCAGAUAUGGUCAUUUUGUUGAAGCUGCUUAUAGAGCUUGUAAUUUUGAUCCUUCUUCUCCUUCAUACGCCAUGUGCAAAUACUCGAAAAAGAAGCUGCUCCAAUUUUCUGGCUUUUCAGGUACUGGUUAUCGUGUUUCUAAGUACUUAAAAGCCACUAGCGGGAUACAGCUUCCAAGUUGGGUGGAUAAAGCACCUAAUUGGAUGGCCAAGCAGUCGAGUUGGAUUGGUUAUGUCGCGAUUUGCCAUGACCAAAGAGAAAUUACAAGACUCGGGAGAAGGGACGUUGUCAUUGCCUUACGUGGCACUGCAACUUGCUUGGAGUGGCUCGAGAAUCUACGAGCUACUCUCACACCUCUCUCAAAUAAUAAUAAUAAUAAUAACAAUAACAACAGUAAUAAAUGUUGUUCCAGCAUAUAUUCCGUUAAUUGUUGCCCAAUGGUCGAAAGCGGUUUCCUAAGCUUGUAUACAUCCAAGAUGGGCACACGUCACAGUCUACAAGACAUGGUGAAAGAAGAAAUAGCCCGAAUCAUAAAAGCUUACCCAGGUGAAACUUUAAGUUUUACCAUCGCAGGCCACUCACUCGGGGCAGCGUUAGCCACCCUGAUGGCCUACGAUAUUAAACAAGCUUUAGAGGAGAUACCUCUCGUUACAGUUAUUUCUUUUGGCGGUCCAAGGGUCGGGAANUUAACACUUCAAAUAUGGGACACGGCGGGACAGGAGAAAUUCCGGUCAAUUACGAGGGCAUAUUACAGAGACGCUGCAGGAGCUUUGCUUGUUUACGAUGUGACUAAAAGGCACACUUUCGGGCGGCUGUCGAGUUGGCUUGAAGAUAUACGGCAACAAGACGACACGUCAGUAAUAGUGGUGGGGAACAAGUGGGACGCCGGAGAAAAUAUUAGGGCUGUUAAUGCAGAGGAAGGCGAGGAAUUCGCAAAGAGUAAUGGAUGUUUGUUUAUUGAAGCUUCUGCUAAAACGACGGUGAAUGUGGCGACGGCGUUUCAUAAGACGACAGAGAGAAUAUGUGAGAAGAUGGGAUACGUGGAUCUUGAGGAAGUGGAUGAAGCUCUGGGAAUUAAUAUUUGGAAAUGGAGAGGGUUUAGGAUUGGAAAGAACAUAGUGGGUGAAGGGAAUUUUGCGGGGAUGGGGGACACUACAACAAAUAUGAUAUGUAGCAACGAAAUUAUUAGCCACGACAUAAAAUUCAUCACUAAUUAUUUACUUUUCGUGACAAAAAUUAUAAUUCGUCUUUAA